AUGGCCAUUACAAUUAGACGUGCCACUGUAAAUGAUAUGAUAUGCAUGCAGAAUGCUAACUUACAUAACUUGCCAGAGAACUAUCUGAUGAAGUACUAUAUGUACCACAUCUUGUCCUGGCCUGAAGCAUCCUUUGUGGCAACUACAACAUGUAUCGAAGACGAGUUGGAUGAACACGAAGAUGAUAACCUGAGCAUACCUGACCCAGAGAAGCCUGGCAUAAUGAUCAAAUUGGACCCCACCUAUGUGGCGCCUGGUGAGAAGCUAGUGGGCUAUGUGCUUUCUAAGAUGAACGACGACCCUGAUGCCUCAAACGAGGCUCCAAAUGGACAUGUCACUUCUUUGAGUGUCAUGAGAACUUACAGAAGAAUGGGUAUUGCUGAAAAGCUUAUGAGACAAGCGCUGUUUGCACUAAGAGAAGUUUAUAAGGCGGAAUACGUUUCUCUACAUGUCAGACAAUCUAAUAGAGCUGCUCUGCAUCUGUAUAGAGAUACACUUGCAUUUGAAGUGUUAAGCAUAGAGAAGAGCUAUUAUCAAGAUGGCGAGGAUGCAUACGCAAUGAAGAAAGUACUAGACUUGGAUGAACUAAAAAUCUCUAAUUACACUCACAGAAAAGGCCAAGAAAAGUUAGAAGACGACUUGAAGAGUGACCUACUAGAAGAUAUAAUCACAGAAGGUGUUGAUAAGAUUAUGGUUUAA